UGGAGCUGCUUUAGGAAUCCGGUCCAAAUGUUUUCCAUAUUAGUUCAGAGGCGUCUCUGUUUCCAAAUAGCAGCCGAGCAGGGCUUAUGGAGAGGGGGAAGGCCUUGGCAGGGAGGGGAAAGGACAGGGAGAGAGGCAGACGGCACACAGACUGGUCCACCCCAAACACUGUAACAGUGAAAGUUUAGCAUACAAAGAGGGAAAAGAGUGUUCAAAGAGGAGGAGAAAUGGGGAAGAAAGAUAAGAAGGAGGACAAGAAGAGGAGAGAUGAAAGCCCAGCGCCUGAGGAUGGCAAAAAGUGCAGGGUUUGUCGCUUCCCUCUGCUCGUCGCCCUGUUCCAGCUGCUGUUGGGGGUGUCCGUUGCAGUCGUGGCCUUCCUCAUGUUGGCCAUCAGCCCCUCACUCAUGGCCAGGGAGACGCCACACUGGGCUGGGAUCAUUGUAAGCUCGGUCCUUACACUAUGAAAACAGCGGUUACACCCGCAUGUUUGCAUGGAGCUUAACACUGAAACUUCUGCAUGAUCCUUUGAUAUAAUCCUCAUUGUGUUGCCCAUUGUCAACACUGCAUGGCAUUGGCCCUUACUCUCCUGUUGCACAAAGUUGACCUUGCUCUAACAAAGCUCCAUCUCCUCUACUUAACCGAGUGCAUUCAAUUUCUGGUCUGUCUCAGUCACACAGGCCUGUAUGCAUCAAGUGCUGUCUUUUUAGUAAGUCCAACAAUAGCUAAAAAUUUGACUGAUGAGACAAGCCAGCCAACCCCAACACAGCACAUGCCAAUUUAAACUCCUUAACAACUAAUAGAACCUGAUUGUUUUUGUAAAUAUGAUGUGCAUAUUGUGCUUGGACCCAAAUAUCUAAGUCCUUAAACAGUUCAAUAACUUUAUGGAGAGUUUAACAUAAACCGCCAGCUUAAAUCAGGGUGUGAAAUGAUUGGUACAAGUUAGAAAAUGUCUUAAAUUCUACAUGUAAUCCUUUUUAUAAUGUAAUGUCUGUCGACGGAUGUAACAGCUCAAAGCAGAUGUAAAAUAGGUGACAAAAGAUGCAGAGAUAUGUGAACUGUAGACAGUUUAAGUCUGGUUUAAAGUUGAGUCACAAGUUUAAGCACCACAAAGAAAGCUGAGGAGUUAUAAGACCCUUUUACACCACCAAUUCAAGGUGGGACUGUGAGGCGCCUGUUGUACCUGGCCAACAGUGUGAGAGAAGUAGAAGUGCAGGAAGUGAAGUUAUUUCACAACCAAGCUGCGACAGAGACAGAAACAGAGGCGUAGAUUACAUAGAUAGUGUCUGUGUUACAUCAAAACCAACAGGACAAAAUUGUGGUGUUUACAGGAACGCAAAUCCGGUGUUUUUGCAGUUGAGGUGUUUGAUGAUCACUGUAGCUGAUGUGUCGUUCAGAAUAUUUGUAUGUACCGAUAGUCACGUACAGUCAAAGUUUUAAUUGGACUACUGUUCUUGUCGCAGUUUACAAUCACUAUUAUUACUAUAAUUAUUAACGAAGGCAUGUCCACCUCCACUACUGUAGGUGGCAGGUUGUCUCUGAGUUGCCCUGUUACAUAUCAAAACCACAGACAAAGCUGGUUCGCAAGAGGCUUAUGGGAUGUACACUGAAUGAUAAAACACAUCACUUUUACUGCACUUUAUCAAUUGUUUGUAUGAUAUGAAAGUUCCAUCUGUUUGCAUCGAUUAUUAGUCUAUCAAGGUUUUGUUUACUACCCGGUAGGCCUGUCGCGAUAAUCAAUAAAUCGCCUUAUCGCUCGAUAAAUAAAAACGAGGUCGAUAACUUUGCCAGCCUCGAUAAUUGACGUGCGUUUGUUUUCCUCCUCUCUCGCUAGCAAACACGCUGGAUGAGAGAAGAGGUCUCACUCUGCGCAUUGUUCUCGGCACCUGGGGGCGUUGGCUCUAUAGAGGAAUGAACGGAGUUAGUGAACCCUCCUGUCAGUCAUUCAGUGUCUUUGUCACGAGGGGGCUGGCGCGCACAGGCACACAGACACAGACUUCUGGAUACAGUGCUGCAAGUGAGCGUCGUGAGUGAAAAGCAAGCUAACAGAAUGAACACGACAGCUUUGGUGUCUAAACCGAAUGCAACAGCCCAAGUGUGGGAAUAUUUCGGCUUUAAACCAGUUUUGUUUUCGUCAACCACAAAACUCCACGUGUGCGCGCGCGCGUGCGUGUGUGUCUGUGUGUUGGAGGAGCACAGCAGGCUGAUGAGAGCUGUCAGAGCGGACUGAAGCUGCUCCUAUAAGUUUAGCGUUUAACUGACUGAGUUUUGCAACUCUGUUCGUCAUUUUCGUCUCGUCCCAUCAACGUAAACGCACUUUCGUCUCGUCACAUUUUAGUCAUCUCCGACUUAUGUUUAGCUCGUCAACGUUACGUCUUCGUUGUGGGAGAAAAGGGAAAUAUUUUAGUCAACGAAAACAACCAGUGUUGUUCUCGUGUGGGAAUGUGAUCUUUUGACAUGGUGUACUCGCAUUAUUAUGCCAUAUAAUAUCAUUAUCUAUAAUUUUAAAAAUGGUGUCAAUAAUAUCGUUUAUCGGCGAUAAUUUGUAGCACAAUUAUCGUCCAGCAAAAUUUGUUAUCGUGACAGGCCUACUACCCGGCUUUCUAAAUAUAUAUCCAUAAAGCCCAGUGUGCAAACACUGAUGACACAGAAAAUUGAUCCCCAACUACAUUAUACAAGUAUGUUCGUCUGACUUUGCAAAGUUGGAUUUAGUCAGACUAAUAUGUUAACAUGCUUUUAAAAAGUCCAGGUUCAGUCAAACUAAGGUGAUACAGCAUUUAAAAAAGAAAAAAAAAACAUGUAGAUGUACUGCUGGACAAAUGUGGGCUCUUGCAGUGUAAAGGAGGAAUGGCAGAGAAAAAAUAACCAACACUGACAUAAAGGUCACACAACUUUAAGUGUCUACUUGUAUCAAUGCAAGAGUAGCCUCUAAAACACAACAAUCCCCCAACAGUGCUGGAACAAAGUUCUGCCAUCAGUGCACCUUUGUACUCACACAUCCCAAACGCAUCCAAAAAAUGUAAUAUCUGUGUCCCAGCAUGGGAUUUAACUUCAUAUCAUGCCAUUGCAGAAGAGCAAUAAGAUUGGCAUGUAGUUAAACAGCUUGAAUACACACUCAGACAUGCACACACACUGUGCUGUCCCACCCUGCCUGCUCCGGCACAUUUUCACCAUCUUAUCCUACUUCCACCACUGUUAAAUCCUGUGAUGGAGGGUGCGUUACACAUUGCAGACAGGGAGUAACCCAGGAGUAAAUUUACCUCCUAAAAACUAUCAGUCUGUCAGGGCCUAAUGUGUUCUGCUGUUGACUAUUCCCAUCUGAGGGGUCUUCACUGUAUUAUCUGUACGGUAACUGUGUGUUUUGAGAAGUGGGAGGUAAAUGUAAUAAGCCACCGAAAUGUCACUUGAUGUAUCAGCACUAAAAGCAUCUGAAAGUGACAGCUUGGUUGUAAGCAGUUUGAGUGCUUUAACCAAAAUCUGAGGAGAAAGAGUGAAACUUAAUUGUCAUCUGAAGUGGUAAAGAGAAAAGAAGCUGCAGUGUCAGAUAAUGUCUGUGUCAAAAAAGAAAGGAAAUGUAAGAUGAGAAGUUGGCUCAGCAAGUAUUGAAGUAUCUGAUGAAGCGUAAAGAGUAAGGUCAUUUGAACUGCUGGAUUUCUUUAACACACAUCCGAUGGAGCACCUUAAAGAAAGUUAACAGCUUAAUUGUCAGUGAUUAAAAAAGAAUAGAAGUUAAAGAGAGUGUUCAAUGUAUCUGUUUUUAUUACUCAUUAAGAGCCCUCUGUCUCUGUAAUGUACAAAAUCAAAUAACAGCAAGAUCUGAUUUGAAGUAACAUUUCCAGGUCACAUUUUGGUGAUGGAGGGAAAACAUGUUUUUGCCGUUUGUGUCCUAUCGCAGACCUUAUCUUCUCUUGAAAAACAUCCUUGGACAAGAACAUCCCGAGUUAGAUCCUCACGAGAUUCAGCCAAGUGAAAAACACUGAGGUCAUCGAGAACUUUCCAGAGACUGCUUAAGAACCUCGGGAAAACAUUUAAAUAAGAUGCCGCACGUUAGUCACAAGACUCCAAUUGCACUGAAGAGAUAGAGUGUGAGCGUGUCUGUGCUGAAGAGAGAGAGGGUAAUGUAAUCAGAUGGCAGCUUAGUGCUGAAUCAUGCAAUCAUGCAACAUGUGGGAGCAGCCCUGAAAACCUGUGUACAACAUACUUUUAAAAGCAAAAUCUUAUUUAGAUGCAAAUGAACGAACUGAACACAUGCCUAUACAAAUAGCAACAAACUGUAGAUUACGUGCAAUCACACAAUACCUUAGAAGCAUGGGUUGCAUGCUUUGCAAAACUAUUGCCCUGGUUCAAGUGGAGGUAAUGCAUUAAUAGGAUUGUUUUAUAAUUCUGCAGCUGUGUAUAGUUUCCAUCGUGGGCUUCAUCCUGUACUGUGUCACCUACCUCCCUGAUGAGAGAACAUCCAUGCAGUUUAUUGGCAAGGUGAGUCUGCACACACGCUGACAUACAGGUGUGGAGGUAAAAGGACAUGAUAGAAUAGUCGUUGUAGUGUAUGAACAGAUGUAUUUUCCACACAGUGAAGGUCUCUGCAAAAAACAAUGCUGCAUGCGCUGUUAUAAUUGUUUUCUAGGAUCUGUAAUGUACCGAUGCAUUAAGUUGCGUUCCUGUUUAAGAAACCCCUGCAGGGGUUCCUAUGAAUGGAUGAGCACAUCUAUUAGUGUGGCUGGAUUUUAUAGCUUAAUUAGCUGUACAGUACACACAGUUGGAGUUUCAAGGCAAUUAAACCCCCCACCAUUGUUUAUUACCAAGAAGCAAGUCCUUCGAUUGGUGUUGUCUCUGCGCUGACGUGUGUAUUCGGGUUCAAAUGUACACAGAAGAGUUGAUCAUAUGCAAAAUAAUCUUUGCAGAAACACUCGAUGAAAAGCCAUUUCCAGAUGUGUCUGUAUUUUGUAAUUUAAAGUCCCAUCAGACUACCUGAAUCAACAAAAUUACAGGUUGUACUUUUAUAUGAGCAAUGUUUACAAAGCAGCAAAUAUUAAAAGGUCUUUGCAAGACAAGAAAUAUGCAUCGAAAUUAUACAUAUUUCUUGUUUGAAUAUAGCAGUGUCAGUACAUGUACAAGAGCCUUAGGUUCUACAGAACAAUCUCCAGACUCUUGAGUUUGCUGUUUUGCAGGUUUUGUAAUCUUUGACAGCUCGUUAGUUUGCCAAAAACUGUAAUUCCCCUGUAGUGUCUCUAUUCCUGGCUUUCAAAACAAACACAUUCUAGUUGAUCAGUGCUAUCAGAUCAAAUGGUAAAAUAGUAUCAUGGCUUCUCUGUCUUCAAUUUCGAAUAACAUCCCUGCGGUUCGUGUAUCAAUUUAAAUUAACCUUGGCGCAACACUUCAAGUGAGUAGAAAGUAAUGGACAUCUUUAAAAGUUAAAUGCAACUGAAGUGAUUUCUGUAAGUGGAUUCCUGAUAACUCUUUCAUAUUAGCGAUUAUUAUAUCAACGUGCUUGUUUAAAGAAAUGGCUCGAUGAGUCUGUAAGUGCAUACUCACAGGUGUCCAAGGACCUCUCUCUCACUGAGCAGCAGUAACUUAAGUUUAUACUCUUCAGUUUCUGCCUGUUUUGAGUUGUAGAUCAUCUCUUCUCUGUACAGUACCCUACACCAUGUUUAUUGAAGUACCUGUUGGUGUUUUUAUGUUUUUCUGUCACCAUCCGUACUCCUGAUUUCACAGCUGUUCCAAAAUUAACAUCAAUGCUUUUCAAAUCAAGCCCUUCUCCUCACUUGCAUAAUUCCAUAAGCAGCAUGUAGCUGAGAGCGAAAUACGCCAGGGAACGAGCUCUCCUGUUAUAUAAGUGAUGGAUUAAGAUGAAGGUUUAGUGUUAUUGAAAUUGUGCCGUUGCAUAAACACCACAAAGCUUCUGUCACAUUUCAAAACUGUAUUUAGAGCCUCUGUUUUCCUGAAAACUCACACAGGACGUGCACUAAAGGUGGUAAACAGUUGUAGCUGCAGGGCAGACAUGUACUGUGUUUGUGUGUUGUGUUUCGUCUGUGCCGAGAGCUGGGCCAGACUUUGCCUGUUAGUAUUGUGGGUAAUCUUUUUAAGUUGCUAUAGGCGCUGAGCCAAUACGUCUGUUUCUAAGCUACAGUUGGCCUUCUUGGUUACUCAUGAGAUAAUAAAAUGAAGACGGAGCCAGAUUCCUAGAAUCAAACAAACAGUGUUGGUGAUAAGAGGUUCCCAGUCUGAUCCAAAUCCAUGACCUGCGACCUUUCCUCUGCAGCUCCUGUACUUCAUCCUGUGUACUAUCGGCCUGGUCAUCUCAGUGCUGGUCGUGGCGUUUGCGGGACAUCACUACAAUCAGACCAGCAGCUUCCUGUGUGAGCUGCAGGGAGAAGACUGCGUCUGCAAACUGGAUGAAGACGACCCCAUUGCACGCACCUUUACCUACGAGGGAGUGAGCGACUGUGGGGAGAUCACUGACACGUUAACGCUCUACUUCUUGAUCCAGAUUGUGCUGAAUCUGGCCCAAGCCAUUGUUUGUGCUGUGGGAGCCUUCAUCAUGUGGAAGGACCGUUACCAGGUCUUCUUCGCUGGUCUGCAGAUCGGCUCUCCCUCCUCCCAGCAGUGGCAGAAGGUUUAAUGUGAUGAUGACAGAGCUGAUGGGAUGACUGAUCAGACAGAUCAGGAUGCCAACGAUGUGAUUACACUCUGAAGGACAGGGACUCUUGCUUUUUUCUGUGUGUGCCUUACGUGUGUUCUCUUUUAUACCACUUUAUAGUAACCUUUGCAGUAGUUCUACUCCUGAGGCUUUUUUGCACAAGUUUUAUACAAAACAAAAAAGUAGGAGUAACUUUGGUCUGCUGGAUGCAGAUGUUCUCUGGAUGACUUGAAAAAAUUGAAAAGUAUAAAAACAUUGAGUGUGUUUCCAAAAAUCUAAAGAUAUCCUUUAUAUUCAGAGAUAACUACUCAUGAUUUCUAGAUGCUAUAAUUGCUGAAAAAUGCAAAUAUUUAAAGAAAAACAAAUAUUUUUGUGGCUAACUAAAUCUGUGUGUUUUGGAAAUAGGGUUUUUAAAUAUGAAAUGAUGAUUGUUCUGGGUUUUACACUAGAAAAAGCUUUGUUAGUGUCUAUACAACAGAAUGCAGGUAUACAUCCUUUCAAUCCUAAUAUAAUGAAAAAUGGGGAGAAAAAAAAACUCCCUGACUUGUUUCUUUAAAGAUUUAUAUAAAAAAAAGUGAGCUGAUUUAUGAAUAACUUCUUUGUUCCUCUCUUAAUAUAUGCAGCGAACUUCUGCAGCUCUGUAUGUAUUGCAUAACUGAUAAAAAAACAACUGCAAAGUCCUUCUCGGCUGUCAAAGUUGCCACUAAUUCUCCAGUUUUGUACACUCAUAAAAGUAUUCAGACAGCAGUGACGCACUACUUGGUUGGAGAGCUCUUGGGCUGGGCUGAACUGGGAUGUGGCUGGUGUGAGGGAGGGUGCCAGGCCAGUAGCCGGUGUGACUCAAACAGCCUGUAGGAGUCAAAACUCCUGCAGCCACAAAGGGAGGAGGGAGGGGGCCGGGGUGAGGCAAGGGGGACUCAGACAGGCUACUAGACUGAGGAAACGGAACCAUAUGGGUUAACAGUGUUUUGGUUUAUACUCAGACCAGAGGAAAAUGGUUAGAAAAAAGCACAAAUUUGGUUUUUUUUGUUCUAUAAGGCAGUUCAGUUUACUUAAAUCUUACUCUCAUGUCAGGUGCAAGGGAUGAGAUAAAACAUUUGUUCAAAAAGAAAGUGGGGGAAACGUUACACUUUUGUGUAUCAAAAGAAAAAAAAAAGAAAACUGAGUAAGAGUUAUGGAACAACAUUAUCUGUGCUUCACGGAAGUCUUCACUGUUGUGUUGGAGAGGGGAGUGUUUGAUUUGUCUAAAAGAAGACUGAAACUGGCCUCCUGUGUCAAAACUAAGUUUGUUUAUGGCCUUGAAAAGAAUCCAGUCAGCCCAAAUGUAUUGUACAUUUUACAUUUGGUAAGAUAAUAUUAGUGUACAGACUUCUACUGAAACAAACAAAGCUUUUCAUCCAUUAAGCAAUUACUGCACAAAUUGCUGCUUGCUUAAACACGAUUUCAGUGUAUCAUUAAAAUCUGGCAGAGAAAUACACAUUAAAUCUGAAUCUGUCAUCUAAAGUAAUAAGUAUGCAGUAAGUUCUUGUUAAGACAUAGUUUGUGAUAUCAGCUGGAGUCCAAGUCUUCUCUGUCUGAGCCGGCUCGUGAUUUACUUUGAUUGAUUCUGUUGUAUCUGACCUUGUUAACUGUGAUGGCUUCUGGGGAAAACCUGAUCAGUAUCCUCUGGGAUUCAUCUCCACAUUUAUCAUUAGUUUUUUCAAUGCUUCAGAAGCAGAGUCACAAUCAUGUUUGAUUUACUGGCAAAUCACCUCAGUUUCUAAAAAGAGAGCACAUAAUUUAGGGCGUGAUUUAUUAAUUGUAUUAAAUGGUGUAUUUAGCACACUGUCGAUACAGCAUCGUGUGACAGGCAACAGGCCUGGUUUGCAGUGUUUUUCCACAUGCCCGCUCACUGUUAUGAUGUUUCUCAUGUGACUACAAAGGCUCAAAUUUUGCUGCCAGACACAGGAAGUCACAUGCCAUACAUCACGGGGGCAUGUUUAUUUUUAAGAAUGACAGUGAGGCGGGACCUUCCCACUCUUCAAGAACUUUCUAUGAGGUCAAUUGAUCUUUCAAGGCAGAAAACACUGGAUGAUAUCAGACUCUGGCAGCCACAGACCCUGCUAUGAGUCUGAAGAAGACCUUUCAAAGAUGUACCAAAGAAGAUGUACCUUUCAAAGGUACAUGAAACAACCAACAUGAGCUCAAAAACAGUAUUUUUAAUGAGGCUACUUAUAAUUUUAUUAAAUAAUUAACCACAGUAGAGUGCUGUGUACUUAGUGAUACACCUAAUAUUCACUAAAAUUUAGUUAAAAUCAAUAAGACUAUAUCAGCGCAUGACAAUCAAAGUGUGGAUUUGAUUUGAUUUGAUACAAUAAGAUUCUAUAUGAUAGAAUUCGAUAUGAUACUACUGAUUACGAUAGGAUUUAAUAUGAUACAAUAAGAUUCAAUACAAUACGAUUUUAUACGAUAUGAUAUUUGAUAUGAUGCGAUACAAUUUGAUACGUUACGAACUGGUAUGAUACGAUGAUACUGUAAGUUAUUAUACAAUCAGUACAACACGAUACGUACUUUCAAUAUGAUAAAAUACACUACAUAAUGAUAGAAUCAGUAAAAUGAUUCAAUAUGUUAGAGUAUGUCAAGCUGUGAUAUGAAAUAGACUGACCAGGUUGAAUGGACAACCGGUUCAGUCUACAAUUGAAUACACUACAUUAAGAGAAGAUAUGACACACUACACUAAGAUGCAAUACUAUAAAGUACAUUUGAGUACAAUACAAAACAAUAUAAUAUGGUACACAAUACAGUACACUAUGGUACAGUAUACUAAGAUAGGUUACGAUAUGGUACAGUUCAAAACAAUAUGAAACAACACGAUUGGCAGGAUAUGAUGUAAUAAAUAUGGUAUGGUACAAUACUUAAGGCCGGGUAUGAUUCAUACAAUACCAUGAUAUUUUUGGAUUGUGUUGAAAAUAUCCUGAACUAUGUGGUAAUUCAUACACUCUGUUUGACCCUCUAUUUACUAAGAGGAUCCCCAUGGUUGUAUUAAAGUCUCUUUUUAAAA